ACCACCAAGUUACAUUAUUAUAGUUACAUUAUUGAAUACAAUAACUGUGUGAAGUAUAAUUAUUGUGAGGUAUUCUCUAAAUUGUACACUGUGAGGUGUACACUACCGUGUACUGUGAGGUCUGUGAGGUGCAGACACUGCGUUCACAUUCACCACCAAGAUGCUGAGCUCAGCUAUGGGAGGUUCGGUUCGGCUCAGCCAACCUGAUAUCAGGAACCUGAUGUACUCGCCUGCAGAUUUUCAUGACGAUCCCAGCCUGAGUCACUCGGACAUUAGCAAGCUAUUCGUCCCGGGCUCCAAGGAUGACCCGAGACACGCCUUAAUGUCACUCUGCAAGGCGCCCUUCCAGAACAUCAACGAAGAGGAAAUGAGGGACGAGCUGCCUUGCCGGGCACCGAUCGCAUCGCUGGACUGCAUGGAGGAGUUCCAGGGGUGCGGCGACCACGUCUCCAGCAAGAGCGAGAGCCAUGCGUUCGUGUCGCGCCAGACCUCAGCAGUCACUACGGCCCUCAAGUACAAGCCUCUUGGCAAGUCUGGACUGCGCGUCUCGCAACUAGGACUAGGAGCGUGGAUCACGUUCAGCCCCGGGGUGCCAGAGGAGACGGCCGACGGGGUGGUGACGGCAGCAUAUGACGCGGGUAUCAACUUCUUCGACCUGAGCGAAGCCUACAGCAGCGGCAGGGCAGAGGUGCAGUUUGGCAACCUCCUCAAGAGGAAGAACUGGAGAAGAAACUCGUACCACGUCAUGACCAAAGUCUACUGGAACGCCAAGGGCGACGAGCGCGGCCUGUCACGCAAACACAUCGUCGAGUCCGUGAAAGGCUCCCUGGAGCGCCUGCAGCUCGAGUACGUCGACGUGGUCAUCAUCCACCGCGCCGACGACAUGUGCCCUAUGGAAGAAGUGGUACGUGCGAUGUCGUUCUGCAUCGACCAGGGCUGGGUGAUGUACUGGGGCACCGCGCGGUGGUCGCCUGUCGAGAUCAUGGAAGCCUGGACCAACUGCCGCCAGUUCAACUGCCCCACGCCCAUCGUCGAGCAGUCCGAGUACCACAUGUUCUGCAGGGGCAAGACUGAGCUGUACCUGCCUGAAAUGUUCAACAAAAUUGGUGUGGGCACGAUGGCGUGGUCGCCCCUCACUCUCGGCCUCAUCUCUGAGAAGAUGGACAACGGCGUGCCCGUCUUCACUCGCCAGAGCUUCAAGAAGAAAAUUUCGACAACCUUAGGCUGGAUCGAAGAAGAUUCGCAUGCUUCUGGCAGUGCAAAGGAGCAGCAUGGGUACACGUGGCUUAAGGACAAAAGCAGCAGCGGCGACGACGCGCGGCGCCAUCAGUCGCGGCUGCGGGAGCUCGGGUCGCUGGCAGAGCGGCUGGGCUGCACCAUCUCGCAGCUCUCAGUCGCUUGGACUCUUAAGAACGAGAACCUCCACUGCGCCCUCGUGGGGGGCGCCUCUGUCAACCAGCUCCUCGAGAACAUUGCUGCGCUUCAGGUGGUGCCGAAGUUGACCAGCGAGGUGCUAGGAGAGCUGGAGCGCAUACUGGACAACAAGCCUGUGCGUCCAGUACGAGUGUCUACACUAGCCGCCAGAUGACAGGAGCUAGCGGCACAGGGCAUCAUCGAUGAUGAUGAUGAGGAGGAAAUCCAAUCUAAUGGAAAGACUCCUUUCUGUGCCGUGAUGUAAGUUCUUGUGAUGUUCGCUGACAUUCCUACCCUCGGUUGCCAUCCUCAACUCGUCCUACGUCCGAAGAUGGCUAUAUGUCCUGGCACUACUGAACCCAUCUCGUGACUGCUGAUGUUCCUGAACCCAUUCCAUGACCGCUGCUGGUCCUGAACCCAUUCCAUGACUGCUGCUGGUCCUGAACCCAUCUCAUGACUGCUGAUGUUCCUGAACCCAUUCCAUGACCGCUGCUGGUCCUGAACCCAUUCCAUGACUGCUGCUGGACCUGAACCCAUCUCAUGACUGCUGCUGGUCCUGAAUCCAUCCCAUGACUACUGCGGGACCUGAACCCAUUCCAUGACCGCUGCUGGUCCUGAACCCUUUCAAUGACCGCUGCUGGAUGGACGGCAGGCAGUUAACAUGAUAGGACCGUAACCGCGGGUGUAAUCACCUUGCACGUCUACGAGUGCAGCUGAUGGUUCAUCAGGAGUUACACAAUCCUGCUUUGUGAUGGAGUCCUUGACAGCAGUAAUUGCUUCGAUCAAGUUUCAUGGCAGAACGAUUUUUAAAGUUUUCAGAUUUGAUUAUCAUACCAUUCAAUGGACGCUUGCCCGCCGUCCUGGUAUUUCCAUGAUCAUUGAAAACUUUUAUCUUUGUAUUGUUACUUCCAUUGCGUUAGCCUCCGUUACGAAAACAACGAAAUUUCUUCCCUAAAACUGCUCUCUGCAUAUUUAUUACUUUUUAGAGUUCAGGAACAUUUUGAAGAAUCCACAAAGGUUGUAAAUUCAAAGCAUUUACAACGACGACGUCCACUAAUGAGGCCACCAAGAAUAAUGGACAGUUGGCUGUCCUCGCACCACCGAUCGCUCUCCACAGAAGCCAUGCUCUCUCGCCCCUACCGCUCUGCAGUGGCCCAUCUGCAGUUGGGCUCCUGCAACAAUAUUGUGUCUUUGGAUGGGAUUAAUUAGUAUUGAAUAGGAUAAUCUCUGAAGGCGGCUUGCCCGAGAGUGAGAUCGUCUCCACUAAAAAGAUAAUCUUUUCGCAUGACGCACAUCAAUUCUAAUUAUGUGGUGCGACAGGUGCUAAAAUAUCUUGGAGACGACUUUCCUGAGCAUCGAACCUGCAUAACAGUUGUCGCUUGAUAAAUUCCUGUCGCACAAUAAAAGCCCAGUUGCGAGAUGAGAUUCUCUGAUACCUCUAUUUCAUAAACUUGUUAUUUUUCAGGGAUAAUCACUCGGCGACUAAUUGGUUUUAAUGUUGAAGAUGAUAGUGCAUUCUACAUUCGCUGUCUAGAAAUUUUCCUAAAUAAAAUGACUAAUAUUUGUUAACAGUUCAUAACGAUGGGCUUGAUCUCAAAACUGGAUAAUAAGAUGAGGGCCAGUUGAUAAAUUUUAUCAAUGCUCAAUAAUCCUAACUUUCAUAAUAGUAUUUGUUUCCGAGUGUUUAGAUGAAGUGAAAUAUAGUAAAGCCAGAAAAAUGGCGGGCUUUAUCAUAAUUCACUUUUCACAGAGGUCGAUUUAUAAAUAUAUUGAAUAAUUAUUCUUGUUUUUAAGAAUAUCUAAAUUUUUCUUAUUAUGAACCAAUAGCGUUCCGUUAGAAUGUUCAGCGAGAAAAGGUUGAACUUGGAUUGUGAGUUUUGUCCAUUCAUAUUGCUUUCUGAUAUCUUACUUACCCUGCACUAACUAAAGCGGAGUGACCGCCUGGAUUUCUCCAUGCCUGUAAUAACUCUCGCUUCGUUGGAUAUCCUCGCUUUUCUCGAGCACAUCGUAACUAAAAAUACUCAUUUUGCUGAAAAAAUAUAAUCGUUGAACGGUUGAAACGUUUCAACAAUUAAACGUGAUUAUAUGCAUGAGUCACUUUUAUUAGCUCAAUGCUUCGUGUGAAUGAGAGAAACCUUAUUACUUGACUCGCUGAUAUGCGUCACUCACCGUUAUUAGUUAAAUCCUUGGUGUUAAUGUCAUUGGAUUAUCUAGUGAUUCUAGUCGGAGGAAUGACAAUGUUUAUUUGGUACCGUCUGUAAGUGAGCUAUUCCAUCAUGUCUUUAUUAUAUUUUACAUGUAGCGGGACGAUCAGUUGACUCGAUGUAUGGAGCUUAUAUAUUGUAUAAGAGGUGUGAAUGGAUUAGUCUCGGGUUUUAAAAGAACGUAUAGAAGACCUCUUAGUAUUGCUUAACAAGGAAUACAAAUGUCUGAUGUUUGCAUUGUAUUCACCAGCCUUUGAUGAACGUUCUUCCUUAUGACGUAAGACCUUUACUUCUCUUCAUCUCUUAAUAAUAUUUUGCAGAUAAUGUGUAGUGCAAAAUAUUUAGAAUUUUCAAACACUUCUGUAACACAUAGCGAAAGUAGAGCGAAACUAACACUUCUACCUUCCUCUUUCUCUGGGCCUGCAAAUUUAUGAAUAAUAAUUGCACGACUUCGGCUUCAGUAUUACCACUGGGCAUUUGAUGCUAAUCCUAAUUACUCAGCCUUGUUGGUCUCGAGAAGCCAAGAAGCUGCGCGUUUUGACUCUUAUAAGCUUUUGUCUCGUAGGUUAAUGCCGUUGAAACAAUGUUCAUUACGAGUAAAUUCCGUCGAAACAACGUUUGAUCAACGUUAUUUUUACGUCAACUGUCUGUCUGCCGCUACUUCCGAACAAUACUCUUGCAUCAAGCCAGCUAGGCGGCUCGUAUAGGCGGUCUCGAGUAGCGAGUGCUGCGAAGUCUGCAUGUUUUGUUGUUAAGUAAUUGCUGUUCUUUUUUAAUACAUAAUUAUUAAAGAAGAAAGUUAUAAGUACUUUCUAUAAGUUAUAAAAGUAGCAAUAAGAUCCUGUGAAAUAAUUUCUUAACUUAGAUUCUAAUUCAGUAGAUUUUUUGUAGUGUUGCAUGUUAGCAUUAGACCGUUGAUCGUCUUUCAGCAUCGCUUAUAUCAAGUAUAAAUAAGUAGAGGGAAGAUAUAUUUCUUCCACGUUGUUAUAGCUUAGCUGUAUAAUUAGGAACGAAGUUUUUGAUGGUGAUGUUUAGAAUGCGUCUCUUCUAUAUAUUGGACCUGAAGCUUUCUUCUUGAUCGUAAUAUUCGACAGGUCGUUCAUGUGCGUGCCCUUGCCUUUAAAUAACAAUAUAAUUUAUUGAAUAUUUUUUGUUUAACCAAUUGUUUUGGUAGCCUAGUUCUUUUGGUAUCUAGUUCUACCGGGUUGAACAUGUCUUUAGGCCGGAUACGUCACAAUGCAACGAGAAUUCUGGUUGCAUUGACCCAAUCCUCAAUAAGUAAUGUGAUUUUUCCUGGAAGUUUGUGCAAGUGAAAAAUUACAUCUGCAACUUAACUUCGUAUAAAGAAUAUGUACUUUAGCCUGAAAAUGAAGUUUAGCUGAUUUUCGUAUUCUGAUUAAUUAUAUAUUUCGUCGAUCCUUGGUCGCUUUAGCUUUGCGAAUAUUGUUCUGUGAGUCUUCAAUAUGCAGCAGACAUUCAACAGCGAAAUUCAAAUUUCGUGCUUUUUCUAUCCUUUGCAUAAUUCAGAGGAUUUUCUGUCACUAUCUAUCCACGGAUAACAACGCUUCUAGGUUUGAAAUUUUGUGAUUAUUCAUGACUAGAAUUUCGGGUCAUCUUAUACUUAUUUUAAACUCUUUUUAGUAGACUUUAUUUUUCUUCAUUCUGAGCACUCGACGAUUUUUCUGUUCAUUUUUGUUUCAACGAAAUAGAAAAAGUUUACUUAGAUAUAAUCCACGCAGCUCGCCGAAAACAUUUAUAAUAUUCUAUUAAGCGUUUUAUUAAUUUUUUAUGUACUGUAAAAUAACAUACUUGAAGCAGAGAAAAAUUAGGUUAUGCAAACAAAAAAAAUAUAAUUCAUACGAUGUACGAACCAGCUAUAAAAUCUCUUUAGAGUUAUUCUUACUAAAGCUUCAGUUCAAUUUUCCUGUUGUGAGUUAAUGAUUAAAAAAUUUACGUGUAUAUUGUGAUGAAUUUUCUAUUUCGUAUAUAUACUCUUACAGCUGUGUUAUAUGAUCGAAGGCUAUGCCUUGUGAACAUGUACAAAGCAUUGUUGUCGAAGGCAUGUUUUCAGUGCUGCAUAUACAGUACGUUACAUAGUCAAAUUCUACGCAAAUCUACAUCGUGAUUUGUUAUACUUUGCUAUAUGGUGAAAUGCAAUACUAGAUGACUGAAGACUGCUAUGCUAUACAUUCCAGUAUGUACUAUGCUAUGUUUUUGAAGUUCGCAGGACCUGACGGGAGAUUUAACUUUCAUUCUCAAAUCCUGUGAUACGAGCACAAUUUGAUGCGGCAUCAUCGGUUUCUGUAUUUGAAGUUAUGGUUUAGUUUAGUGAUUCUUCUAAAUGGGCACGUCAUCUGAAGUUCAUUGGUGUGUCAUAUCUUUUUUAUUAUAUUGAUGGUACUUGGCCCACCCUUCAAGGGCAAAUUUGUAUAAUAUGACAUCCUUAUAUGUUAAUUGUCAGCCGUGUAGUUGGACGAACUGUGCGACUUUGCUGGCCAAGAAAAAUUGGCCUGGUAAGACUUUUCGAUAAUUCUUCUUCUUCUUUAUAGGAGAAAAACUAUUGCGCUACCUUUUUAUAGCUAUUCAAAUUAAUUGAUCAGAUGUGUGGUUUAAUUAUUUUCUAGUAUCCUAUAAUAAUUUGUCGGAAUCUAUUGAUGCUUCUCUGUUUGUUUGAAUUUUCUCUUGUAUAAUAAAUACGAACAAAUGCUCACAGUGUCCCCCAGGCUUAUUGCUAAAUUAUGUUCGUGUAAAAUGGUGUAUAUCAUCUACGACUGCGUGCUAUUUUUUUCUCCAAAAGAAUUUUUUAAGUAAUACUUUCUUAUUAUCGUUAUGAACACUUGUUGAUAGAAAUUUUACUAAAAUGACUGAUUUUUAGAAAUUAGGGAAGAUGGUGAGGCUAUUUCCAACAUUUAUUUCUUUCUAUAGAAUUGCUAUGGAACGGUUUCGUAUUGUUUACGGUUUUGUAAGGCGAAACAGUUCUUAUGGUACCUAUAACGGUUUCGUACUGUGUAACGGUUUUGUACUGUUUAACUAUUUCAUACUGUAUAAUUGUUGCAAUGUGAACUCCCUAUUGCUUCCAUCUUAUAUUCACCGCUUGCUUAACUAGCUUAAAGUAAGUAAUAUCGUCAAGAGUUUAUUUCGAAUAUUACUUUUACCAAUCUCCGGUCGUGUAAUGUAAAUUUAUAUGUUAAAUCCAUACUCCUCAAGAAACCCACUAAUGCUUUUGGAGUUUACUAAAAGUGGAUUUUUUGUAAAGCUAAAAGCUAGAGUUCUUGCAGAAAACUGAAAGUAAUUGGGAAUUUAUUUCUAAAAUCCUUUGUGAUCAAAAUUAUGUCUAGUAAUUUUUGGCACGAGUGUCGUUCGCGUAUCAGCAGAAUUGUUUGAUAUUCAAUAUUGUAGGAUAAAUAUUGAAUUAGUACUUGAAAUGCUUCUGUCAUUUGCCAUAGAACUGAUCAUUGCACAUCAAAUAAGAAUUUAAUUACGACUAAAGAAUAAGGGAGCUCGUUAUACAGGACGUGCAAUAUGUGGUGCAAUAAUACUUACAUAAAGAAUUACGGCUUCUUCGGUUAAUAUUUUGAAAAUGGUUAUUAAAUACGCGUGUCUUUAAUUUACAGAACCAUAAAACUGAUCUUUGCAACUCAUAGCAGGGUUAAAUUAGGUUUUUAUUGGCUUUCAUGGAGUAUAGUUGUUUGUGUGUAAUUGUAAAAUUGUUUUCAUAUCAAUUGUAAAAUUGUUUUCAAGUAUGGUGAUUCUCUCUAUGUUUUAACGCCUCCUGAAGUGUAGGAUGAUUUCCUUCAAUUGCGCAUCAUGUGCAAAACACAGACGUUCUGGUCUCGUUUUUGCUCGAAGUGUUAAGUAGUUUAGUAGGUAAUGCAGAGCAUGAUGUCAUGGUUUGCAACCAUGUAUUUCCCGUUCAUAUCAAGUUCUUUUCUUUAAUUUACUAAUUAUUAAUUUUUCUUAUUCGUAGUGUUUUCAGUCUUGAAAAUAACCAACAUUAACUUACAAUUAAUGAAAGCUUUACAGUCUUCGCUGUAAUUGGUCAGAUUUCCUCUUGAAAAGAGAAGUUAACAUUUUGUGAUAUUAUAAUUCAAUUUCUAUUCAUCUAAUGCUUACAAACCUCUCGACAGAAAACAGUACAACGGUAAGAAAACGCCGAACUUAUUAUCCUACAGUAUUGGCUUGGAGAAUUCAACCCGAAGAACAUUUACAAACCUGAAAGUUAUUUUCCAGUUCCAUCGGAAUCCAUCGACAGUAAAUGGAAUUGAAAAAUUUUCCAAAAGUUUCCUUGGGUUAGAUGCAUCUGACUGAUUGAGGUAAAUCCCUGGUUAGCCAUACUGGAUUGUGGUAAAUCCCUACUACCUUAUCACCGAGGUAUUUGACAGAACAAUACCAGAGACCUGCUUGGUAGGAAUACUGCACAAUAUUAACAGACCACUUUUAUAGUUUAUUUGAUGAUUAUGGUCAUUUGAACGUAUUUGUAUUGAACUUAAAAGUUCAUAAUAACAAUUGAUAUUGGAAUUAAAUGUGCUCUUCACA